GAGGUGCUCAACAUGUCAACAUUUCGGCAACUCUCCGCCCGCGGCUGCAUGCCGGGAAUAACAACAUGAAGGCGGCGAUGGAUUGCAGCUCUCCUUUUGCCGUCAAAUAGUGCGUGUCAAUGUGCUCGAGUAUCUCUCGAAAAUGCAAUGUAGGUGAUUAAGGUAGGUCUACUGCUUUCUCUGUCCUCCACGACACACUUGGCGAUCCUCGCAGAUACGAUCACUGUAGCCGUCGACACGUAGAGACUAAGGCAGCCAUUCAAAUGGCACAACAUGACGGUGUCAACGAAAUCAACGGCGUCAACGGCCACCUAUCAAACGGCCACCAUGACGGGGGAAUACCCGCAACCCAAGCACUUGCUCACUUCGCAACGAGCGCAAGAACAUCCGCGCUCACGCCCGCUCUCGAGGAGAAAGUCAAAGAAGUCCUCCUUGACUUUAUAGGCGUAACCGUGGGAGCCAUUCAACAUGCCGACUCCACGACACCCAUUGUCAAUGCCAUAUCAGCCCUCCAAGGCCCGACCGUAACCAAGUCAAGCCCAGGCGUCUGCACCGUCCUCGGACAAGGCGAGCCUCACUUCCUACCUCAAUAUGCCGGCCUGCUCAACGCCGCUCUUGCCCACAGUCUGGACUUCGACGAUACAUAUGCCGCCGGCACUCUCCACGCAGGCGUGACUUCGAUCUCGGCCGCGCUGGCGCAGACGGAAGCACUCGCGCAGAGCGGUAACGCGCCGACUCCGGACGAGCUCAUGCUAGCCAUAGCCGUCGGAUACGAGGUGACGUGUCGUCUCGGCCGGGAGCUGGGCUACGAAGCGUACAGUCGAGGAUUUCAUAACACCAGCACGGCCGGCAUCUUCGGCUCCAUAGCCGCAAUGGCGGUGCUGAAGCGCUCGACGGUACAGACGGUCGAGAUGGCCUUCGGUCUAGCUGGAUCGAAGGCUGCAGGUUCCAUGCAGUACCUCGAUAAUGGAUCAUGGAAUAAGCGACUACAUCCCGGCUUUGCUGUGCAUGAUGCCUUCAUGUGCAUGGCUCUGGCCGAAGCAGGCGUGAUUGGAGCAACCCGCAUUAUCGAAGGCAAGAACGGCUUCCUCAAAGCAUACUCUCCGAAUGCGGAUGUCUCGCUCCACCGGCUAGUGGACAGUCUAGGCACUGAAUGGGAGUUCCUCGCCUCGUCUCUCAAACCCUAUCCAGCCUGCCGCAUGACACACGCCUUCAUUGAGCCGGCCGGCAACCUACACGAGGAGAGAUCGAAAGCUGCAGGCGCUUCAAGCGCUGACGAGAAGGACAUCGAGUCAGUCGUCCUCUACAUGUCUCCCGCGAACUUCAUCCUCGUGGGCGAUCCAACGCCCAACAAGCGUCACCCGAGCAACGUCAUCGACGCGCAGUUCUCCGCGUACUUCCAGGUCGCCAACGCCUUGCUAUACGGAGCGAAAACGGGUGACAUGUCGCCGUACUCUCGGUUGCAAGAUCCGGCAAUACAUCGGCUGACUGACAAGAUCAGCGUAGAGGUUGACGACAGCAUGUCCGGGUUUGCCGCCAAGAUGGCCGUCAAGUGGGCGGGUGGUCAAACUGUGCGGGCUGAGCAGCAGUAUCCGCUUGGUGAGGUGCAACAUCCCCUCACGCGGGACAAGGUGGAGGAGAAGUUCCUUGCGCUUGCUGUGCCGGUAUACGGGGAGAAGCGGGCGGCGGAGGUUGUGAGGCAAGUCAGCCAGUUGGAGCAGGUCGACUUGACGCACUUCAUGCAGCUGUUGCGGUAACACAUGAAUUCCUCAUGAUUCACCCCUCACCCCAGCAUGCUCUUCUUCCGCCCUCGCAUCCUCACGUCUUCCAGCUUGCGAAGCACGAGUUUGCCCAGCUUACCCUUCAUCCCGCUUCCCUCCGCCUCAGCAUAAGCCUUCAGCACCUCCGGAAACAGCCCUUCCUCCCUCGGAUGCG